GAGUAUUGCGAGGGAAUCGUAACUGACCUGGUCGCGUGAAAAUUCCGAAAAGUCACUCUCAUUGAUUGACACGUUUAACUGCUUUGAUCGUUUUGUUAUGAAACUGUCUGUCGUUCAACAUUACGUGACUAUGUUUUAACAAUUCACUUAUUCGUCAAAACAUAUAUUUAGGUAGUUUAUUGACCUUUCAUUUCUUUCCUUUCCUUCUAAUUACAGUGCAACUGGCAAAAGUUUCCUUGUGUGUUAAAGGCUGGUCACUGUCAUGGUGGUAGAGCCAUCGCGAAAUUGGAUAUUCCAGGCGCAUUACAAGACGCUGCUGGCUUGUUGUGUGGUCCCAUUCUCAAUGUUCAGGGAUCAUACUGUUGUAUUGAGCCUUACAUUGAUGCUAAAUACGACAUUCUCAUUCAGAAGAUUGGGUCUAGCUACAAAGCUUUCAUGCGUAAGUCGAUGACCGGUAACUGGAAAACCAAUCAGGGUUCUGCUAUGCUUGAACAACUUCCAAUCACCGAAAAAUAUAAGAACUGGAUAGAUGAGGUCUCGGAAUUGUUUGGUGGCUUGGAGAUUUGCGCAUUGACCGUGAUUGUUGGUAAAGAUGGGAAGGAAUACAUUUUAAAAGCAUCAGAUUGCACAUUCCCAUUGAUUGGUGACAGUCAAGAAGAAGAUCGUCGAUCGAUUGUUGACAUUGUUAGCACUCGGAUGCAGAAUGUCUGUCGGCCACCGCUACCAAAAUCUCAAUCUCGUCCGAUGGUGAACUCAAGAACCGGCAGUCCAACUGAAGAGAAUCCACCAAUGUCAGCUGGUCUUCGAAGUAUUUCCGGCAGCUUCUCGCAACCAGCUGGUGCACCCCCACCGAUUCCAGAAAGACAAACUCCUGGCGUUGGUUCCAUUGCACGUCAUGGCAGCUUAAGUGGUGGAUCAGCUGAUGUGUCAGAUACAACAAAUAUGUCAAGUGUUGGUCGUCGUGAUUCUCAAGCCUCGCAAUCAUCUCAAUCUGGUUCUAUCAGAGCACAACCAUCGCCAGCCCGCCCCCAACAACAAUCUUCGGUGGUUGAUGAAGCAGAAGACACGAUGAAAAAUCUUCGUAAAACAUUCGCGGGUAUUUUCGGUGAUAUGUAGGAUUUAGCAAAAAAGAAGAAACAGCAACGUGCCGGCUCUUCAACAGCAGUCGCGUCACAAAACAGCAUUGAUUCGAUCAAUGACACAAUUGUUACACAACCAAAGCCAUCAAAUGGUGUCAAUGAGAAACCUUCAAAUGGCACAAUAAGCACUGGAGGAAGUUCUGCUCCAACCGGUACGAGUGUUUCUUCUUUUGAUAGAAAUCCUAUUCCUCCAAGUCAUCCUGAACCAACAUACGAACCUUAUCGACCACCACCAGUUAUAUCACAUGAAAGAAUAAAUCCAUUUGACAAGAAUAAGACACCAAGUUAUGAUAACAAAGCGUCAGGAAUUUACUCGUCACUUUCUUCGAAUAAAUCAGCAUCAACCGCAUCAACAACAUCAACAACAGCAGUUACAGAUGAGAAGAGUUUGAAAGAAAUAAAACCGUCACCACCAGUUGCAUCAACUUUUACAUCUAGCAGUGGUUUUGAUUACUCUUACAAGCCCCCACCAUUGCCAACAUACUCAUCGAACGAUAUUGUUGAGAGACAAGACUCAAAGCCGAAGCAAAUGCCACUGUCGAGUGAGAAAAGUGUUGAAAAAACUGAAACUCGAAACAAGUUCGAACGAAAACUUAGCGACGCUGACAUCAUUUUUGGCAGUAAGCCUGAACCUUACACGUCGUCAUUCAAAUACGAGACUUACAGUAGAAAUAGGUCGAACUCAAGUUUUACAAGCACAAGCACUGACUCUGAUUACGUUUAUGGAAAGCGAGAAAUUGCUCGCGAUAAUCCCUUUCAAAAGAGUUUGAGCGUGUCUUCAGAUAAAGACGGUGACUUUUCUCACGAUCCAUCAGUGCUUGAAUCAAGAAAUUAUCAAGGUAUCAAUAAUGACGCGUUUUCUGACUUUGAUUCUCCGAAAACAUCUGCAAGUGGAAAGAAAUCAUGGAGCAAUAACGAUGACGAUGAUGACUAUGAUCUUAAAUAAAUAAACAAGAAACUCAUAUGCACAUAUUCGUGAAACUUAAUUGCUUGAUUAUAUUAAACGAUUGGACACAAACAAUCCAUUACUCCUCUAAUCAUUAAUAUGCAAUAAUUGUUGAGUCGAUAAAUACUUAUAUUGAUGAAGUUCAUUUAUUCGCUUUACGAUAAUAAACAUUAUGAAAGAAAAUAAAUUAAUUUAUAUUCUAGGAUUAAAAUAAUCGAUAGUUGAACCAAAUGUUAGUCUCCUGAUUCGUGGUUUGUUUUUAUUAGAUUUUAAUGAAAAUCUUUUUCCGGAAUGUUAGGAAAAGUUCUCGUAGUUAAAACAACUUUUCAUUGCUGACAUAUGAAUAUUAAGUUAAUUAAUUUGCUUCAAUAUUUAUCUGAUUUAUAGUUCGUACUUCCCUCUAAUUUCUCAGUUAUUUUCUUAAUAAGGAAAUGAUUUCAACUCGUUGUGUCGAAUGGUGUGAUAAUUAAUCUACAGCACUUUUAGUAGACUGUUGCAGCACUUAAACUUACAGUAUUAAAGAUGAUGCAAGGAUACCGAAUCAGAGUUAUACAAAUGGAUACUUAGAAUUUUCACCAACUCUAGAAACAUAUUUACAAUCAACUUCUAUCGUAAAUAUUCAUUUACCUUGCUGAAGUCAAUAAUUAAGUAUCGACAUCACAAUCUAUAUCUAUGUUGCUUUGUAUGUUGUGAGAAACUAUGAAACAAUUUUCAUUUUGAUUUCUUUGUUAUGAAAUUUUCUUAUCAUCAACAAACUAUCAAAAUGAACAAAGUUAAAUUAAUAAUUUCAAUCACUUUAAUAAGCUAAUAUUAACGACUUAAAUGAGAUAUGAAAUAUGAAAACAAAAGAAUAAAAUAUCGAAAAAUUCAAUUUAAUUUUCCUUCUCGAUAACAAUUCACUUUAUCAGAUUUUUGUAGAUGAUGAUAGAAAGUUCUUUUAAUUGAUAGACAACAUUAAUAUAUCAUAAAGUGACAAUAUAAGUAUGCGUUAAAUAAAUGAAUGACAAAGACAAUUUUAUUAUCACAAGAAUUAUUAUCCAAUUUGUACUAAUCUGAGAGAUUAUUUUUCAAAUCGCAUCAGAUGAAAAUUUGAAUUUCUGAGAUAGAAAGUUAAAUCACAUUGAAAAUUUAUUUACUCAUUUGAAAUGUUGAAUCUCUUGUUUAACUUCCUGGAAAAUUAUUUUAUUUAAUUCUAAAUUUCCGCAAUAAAAAGUUUGCUUAUUGAUUUAAAACUUUGAAAACCAAAUUAAGUUAACGAUGUUUGUGUUUAAUUGAUGAUUUUCAGAAUCACAACGAAUAAUUGAAGAUGGUUUUUGGUUUGCAUAAUUCAGAAUUACUAAAUGAUUGGAGUUAGCGAAGAUAACAAUAAUAUGAGAAGCAUUUUAUUAGACAUAAAUAUAGCCAUUACAAAUUCAUUAAGAAAAUGUCGCGUUCAUAACGGAAGUAAUUAUAAAAUAUGUUGAAUUAAAUGUCUGUAAUGUUACAAGCAAAUCAAUAUUAAAUAUUUGAUGAAGUAUUAUAAAUAAUAACACACAAAAUGAAACUUUGAGUUAAAUAAAUUGAAGAAACUAUAAAG